AGUCGCUUUUCUUUCUCCAUGGGAGAAGUUACAGCCCCUUCUAGUACACUGUAGAGAGUGUCAUUCCGUCAUAGCGUGACGUUAAGCUCAGCGCUACCGCGUUCUGUGACUGUAUCGCCCACAGUGAUCGUCCCAGAAUACGUCCAGCUUUAUGACAUUUGUUGCCCAGCUGCCGGUGCGGCCGCAACGCAUCUGGAACAAAGCUUCUGCUGAUGCUUGCUGUACCCAUCAAGAUGUAGGCGGUAUCUGCACCGUUGACAACAAAUAGCUGCAAGUGCUGAUUGUGGCUGGUCAGCUCAGUCCAGAAUUUGGCCUCACAAAUGCAAUGAGCCUUGGUGAAUGCAUCACUGAUGCCCAGGAGGCAUGCCCUGCCCGUUCUAAGGUCAUCAUUCAGGUCGAGGUUGGUCUGCAGUGCAGCUUGCCUCUCGCUGAAAAGUCUGUCGGGUGCUCCUUCAAAGCAACGAGCGAGUCGAGAAGCGUGCAGGCUACAGAGGCUGUGGAUCAGUCAAGCUCCACCUCAGCAUCAAGGACUUCUAUUUCUCCAUCGACUGCCAAAUGUGACAACUCAAAGCAAGGAUGCCUCCAUCGAUGUCACCUAUGUGACUAUGAGACUGAUAAACAGUAUCGUCUGGAAGCACAUAACAGCGUCCAUAAUGACGAGAAGCCAUUUAAGUGUCCCUCAUGCCCUCGGAGCUUCUCACUAAGAGACGCCCUAAACCGUCACCUGUGCAUCCACACGGUUGAGCGGCUGUUUCAAUGCCUUCCAUGCCCUCAGAGCUUCUCGCGCAAGUGCGACAUGAAACUACACCUGCGCACCCAUAGAGGCGAGAAGCCAUAUCAGUGCUCUUCAUGCCUUCUGAGAUUCUCACAAAAAGCCAAGCUUCAGGAACACCUGCGCACCCACACAGGCGAGAAGCCAUUUCAAUGUCCUUCAUGCCCUUGGAGCUUUGCGCUGAAGAGUGCCAUGAAGAGACACCUGCGCAUCCAUACAGGCGAGAAGCCAUAUCAGUGCCCGUCAUGCCUUCAGAGAUUCUCACAAAAGUAUGUGCUUACGGAACACCUGCGCAACCACACAGGCGAGAAGCCAUUUCAAUGCCCUUUAUGCCCUCAGAGCUUUUCGCGUAAGACCUUGCUGAAGCUACAUCUGCGCACCCAUACAGGCGAGAAGCCAUAUCAGUGUCCUUCAUGCGGUCGGAGAUUCUCACAGAGGUGUGCCAUGAAACAACACUUGCGCAUUCAUACAGGUGACCGACCAUACCAUUGCACGGUCUGCACAGAGUCCUUUCGGCGGGCUGAUUACUUGGCCAGACAUAAGAGAACACAGCACCACAAUACUGUAGAAUAAAUCAACAGCCACAUUAGACUAGAGUUUGAAUUGGGAAUCUAUAGACGUGUAGCAUGCAGCAUGCUGUUCUGCUGCAUCAGGUAGCACAAGUGUCUCCCCAUGCUCUUAAAGGGACCCUGGAACACUUUUUUGGGGUCAACAUAUUUGCUCUAGAUACAUUCUCAGCAUGUAAUAAAAUAAAAAGCAAAAUUGUGAAAAUUGACCCUCACAAAAACCAGAAAAAUUUGAAAACACAGUUAAACCUCGAUAUAACAAAGCAGGUGAAAUCAGCAAUUUGCUAUGUUAUAUCGGCAUUUUAUUAUAUUAUGACUGUUCAUUAUUAGAAAAGUAUUCAAUACUAGAUUCAAUUCGAUUCCUUCGUUGCACUCUGAUUCGAAGUCAAAAAUUACUGUGCACACCCC